GAUGCAGGACUGAUGCCAUCUGGUGCGAUUCCACAGAAUAAGAGAGAAAAUUUACCCAGGGUGUGCCAUGCACUGGCUUUUCUGGGAAUGACAAGGUGCCAGGAUUUGUUUUUGGUUCACUUGCAGGGUUGGAAACUUGGGAGUAGGUUCCAAGAUGGUUGUUACAGUUCCCCUCAAGAAGAUGGAGGAAACCCAAAGGGAAAACAGAGCAUGCCAGUUUGAGCCCACUUCCGUUUAAAGAGCUUUCGGCAGCCCAGCAACUUUUGCUUACAUCUCAUUGGCCAGACUGUGUCAUUGGCUCCUGCUAUGUCUUAAGAUUGGCUGAGAAAGGUAGUUUUUGUAGCUGGACAUAUAACUGCCUUCAACAAAAAUCUGAGUUCUCUUGAUAAGGAAGAAGAUAAUGGUGGAUCUUGGGUGAACAACUUGUAGUCUGUGCCCUGGAUACAAAAUGCAGUAGUAAAGAAGCAUAAUGCUUGAAACAUAUCAAAACUGUAGCUCCUUCACAACUGGCAACUCCAAGCAACACUGCUGUGCUCUGAGAGAGUGAGUAGAGUGAAGACGUGUUAGGUUUUCUCAUGAAACACUUACCAGGACUGCCCUUCUCUCUCAGCCCUUGCCCCUAUCAGGCUUUUCUAGAGGAAGAUGCUGGGAAGCUGCACACUGUCUUGGAGGACAUCAUCUCUUCAUGGAGGUUUGAAAUGGGAUAAGGAAUGUUCUACCUUGCUACUUCCACAUCUGCUUCAUUUAUUUCUUCUCUGAUUUUCCUGAAAAAUUUUUGGUGGAAUCUAGUUGUGUAUUUGAUCCCCAUAAAAGGAUCAUUUCUUUCAUGCACAGAGGAGGGUAAUCUAUGUGAAGAAAGGCUACUUUACUCCAUUCUGUGACUCCACCACCAAUCUAGGAAUAUCCUGGAAGAAUUGCUUCUCAGAGCUGCUUCCAUAAGCAGCCUACAUCCUGGCUAAGCAAAGGGAGAAGAAACACUUCCCACAUCCAGGGCUGUCCAAAAGAACUUUCUGUGAUGACAGAAAUGUUCUAUAUUUGAACUGUCUUAUAUGGUAGCCACUAGCCACAUGUGGUUGGCAAACACUUGAAAUGUGGCUACUGUGAUUGAGGAGGUAAAUUUUAAUUUUAUUUACUUUUAAAUAAUUUAAAUGUAAAUAGCCACAUGUGGCCAGUGUCUGUUGUGCUGUAGAGCAUAGUACAUACCUUUCUCUUUCCUGUGUUUUAGAACUUGCUGGGUGUGUGUAUGGGGAAGGGGGUGGUUAGAGUCACCACGUAAGUCACAUGCUUGGUGUUCCAUGGUCUUCACUGUUCCACCUUGCCAUUGAACUUGUCUCUCAGAGGAAAAGGAAACAUGGUAUUUUGGAACUAAAUUCGAGAUGUUAACUUGACAUUUACACAUUGAACGUAUGUAUAAGUGGAACGGUCUCCUGGGAACAGAUCCUGUGAUUGAUUUUAGUAAUAAAUGAUGAUGGGAAAGGGGUAGUGCUGGUCAUUUAACAUUCCUAGUGAACAUUAUGUGUUCCUAGUCAAAGUCAGCAGAGAUUAUUUUAUUCUGUUGUGUAAUUCAUUCUAUGUUACUUUAUUUUUUUAAUAUUGUGGCUGCUAAAUGAUACUUCAUGUCUGUUUUUCAAAAUACUUUGUGGUUUAUACUUUUAAAAGGCUGUGAAAUAAAAAAAUAAUUAUAUGUAACUCA